CCGAGCCGAGCCGAGCCUACUGUACACGAGGGAGCCGAGCCAGGCAGUCGAGCUCUUUUCCCGGGCUUCAGGCGAGGAAUGCACCUGGAGGGGCGGCAGGACUGUUGUUUCCUGUGCUCUGCUAAUAAGCAAGUGCGCAAGAAGCUGGAAGGGAGCCCAUCCAGGACAGUUGACUGGAACUGGUCAAAGGGGUCUUCCACACCAUAGAACAUCAUGCCCAUUAUAUAAACUGAGGGGAGUUGUGCAGGAGCUGCAGAUCUGUCGCUGGCCAGUGGGUGGGAAAUGACACCUCUCAGGGAGGCUUUCAAGAGGAAGAGCUAAUAAAUUUCUCUGAAGUUGAUACGAGCUUCUCUGGGAAAGAAAGCGGGGCCUGGGAAACCUGCGAUAGAGAGCAGCUGUUUUCAGAUACUUAUAUUAAAUCUCAGACGUGCUUUCCUGCCAGCUGUUGCAGUGCAGAAGAUUAGCAGACAUGUCCAUAGCACUGAAGCAAGUCUUUAAUAAAGAUAAGACUUUCCGCCCAAAACGCAAAUUUGAACCUGGAACCCAGAGGUUUAAACUUCACAAACGAGCGCAAGCAUCUCUCAACUCAGGCGUGGACUUGAAAGCAGCUGUGCAGUUGCCCAGUGGAGAAGAUCAGAAUGACUGGGUGGCUGUGCAUGUUGUUGACUUCUUCAACAGGAUCAACCUUAUUUAUGGAACUAUCUGUGAGUUCUGCACAGAGAGGACCUGCCCGGUGAUGUCUGGAGGCCCCAAGUAUGAGUACUGGUGGCAGGAUGACUUAAAGUACAAGAAGCCCACAGCACUGCCAGCGCCCCAAUAUAUGAAUCUUCUCAUGGACUGGAUCGAGGUGCAAAUCAACAAUGAGGAUAUAUUUCCUACAAGCGUAGGUGUUCCCUUUCCAAAGAACUUCCUCCAGAUCUGCAAGAAGAUACUGUGUCGGCUUUUUCGGGUGUUCGUGCAUGUCUACAUCCAUCACUUUGACCGUAUCAUCCUUAUGGGGGCUGAGGCCCAUGUCAACACCUGUUACAAGCAUUUUUAUUAUUUUGUGACAGAGCUCAACCUCAUAGACCGCAAAGAACUAGAGCCUUUGAAAGAGAUGACAACCAGGAUGUGUCACUAAAAACUACCCACUGAAGAAAAGCAAAGUCCCAUUUCCUUCCUACUGCAGAGUUCAAGAACAUGACAGCUCUCAUGGACUGAGCCUGCUUGUUAAUCCCUAAAAGCAGGAGAGUUGGGAGCCACAGUUACUGUCACAACUGCUUCUCUCCAGUGUCAAAGUUGUUAACCCUAAAUAUGCUGCUAGGAACCUCAUCUGAGCAACAUGGCUUAUUGAGAAAAAGAAGAAUCAUAUCAGUUUUAGCUCCUUUAUCAGGAAUAAGAACCUCUUCAGCCAUAACAAUAGCAAACAGUGCCCCUGCUGCUAAAGCUUUACUGAAAUUCAGGGUUGACCUCCUGACUAGUUGUUUUGAAAUGAAAUCUGCAACCUUGCUUUCUCUUUCUUUUGUUUCUUGGUAUGUAUUUUCUUUCCUAACUGCAACAGACUAUUAAGAGGUUCUGGAAUCAAAGAAGACCUAGCCUUUAAUGCCUCCUAUCCUGCUCCAGGCCACCCAAGGCUUGGCCACCAUUCCUAAAUGCCAGCAAGCCUUGUGUUUCUGGGAAGACAACCACGUCCUCCAGCCGAACAGGCAGUUUAUUCUUCAUUGUGGCUCAUAAUUUAAUGACAAUUGGAGUGUUUCUGAUCUCAGCUACAUUAACAGGGACCCAGAUAUAGCUCUGCAGUGCUGAAGUAUUUUCCUUGAAUUCAUGCUGUGACUGACAGCAAAUGUUCUCAGUAUCUCUGUAUUACAUAAAAAAACCAGCUAUAGUCAUCAUUUUCCUGAAGUAUACACUAUGAAGUACACCAAUCUAUCGUGUAAUUUCAUAUCCUUCUAUCCCUUUAGAAAAAGGAUCACUCUCAAACACUCUAAAAUUUCAUCUUUUCUGGCAAAAUAAAUUUAAUUUGAGUGACUUUCAGGAAGAUACAACAAAGAUGAGUAGUAAAAAAGAUUAGGUCAGGAGGGACUAAUUGGAGGUCUCUGUUGCAGCUAAACAGUGCCCAGCAAUGUGACUUGCUUUUUACACUGGGCUAACACAAUCUUUUUUUUCCAGAACUUAAUCCAAGUUAAUUAACACAUUUAUGAACAAUCUGGAUGGAUCCAUUGCAGCAAAUCAAGUCUUCUAUGCCAAAUAUGCCCUGAGGAAGCUUUCUUCUGAAAAAAAAAAAUAAAUUAAAAAUGAAAGUGAUACUUAACAGAGGUAUCAGAAGAGAAAUACUUCUGAAUAAAUGGGAAUCAAGUGGAACACAUCUAUGUAUUCUGUGCCUUGUAACAAGUUUUGCACACUUGUGUUAUUGUGAAAAGUUACUUUUUCCUGAGUAAGUUCUUAAUCCUUUUGCUGCCUUCUCCUCAAAUAAGUUUAGUAUGUUUAUGUCUUCUGAGACAGAAGCAGAAGAAAAUCUCAUGGAGUAUCCAGUGAUUGGAAUAUUUGAAAUAGAGGAGUAGCAGACACUAAAGAAUAACAGCAAAUAUUUUCUAGCUCAGCGUUGUAGUACAUUUUGAUUUACUUGCCUGCUUGCUUAAAUCAGGGCUUGUAAAAUCUCAGUGAUUACAUUCUUGUUGGGAAAAAAUGUUUUUGCUGGGAAAAAGUGGUUUUUACACAUUUGGUGUACCUGUGAUGGGGGCUUUUCUGCAUCUCUAGAACUACACAAGCAGCAUUAUCCUUUGCUUUCAAGGGGAUGGACCUAAGUGUUCCUACCUUCUUUGGUAGUCUUUGCAAUCAGGUUUAAUUCUUUGGGGAUUGGAAUGCAUGCACAGAUGAUUUCUGUUCUGCUGGCACUUCUGCAGGAUAUAAGUAGCUUCUGGAAUUCAUUGCCACAACUACUCCUGAUCUUGCCUCAUUUUAAAGAAGAUGAAAAAUGUAAUUUCUUUGGGGUGGUUCAUGUAGCUGGUGACUGCGUGGAAUUACAAUUUCAAUUGCUUAUAAAGAGUUUCUUGAAUUCCUCCGAAGUGCCUGGGCUGUGGCACUGUUUGAGAUGGAGCUGUCGCUGAUGCAGUGCACUUGAAUUCCACUGCCAGCGUGGACAGUUGCCAUGUGGUGUUCUCAGUCUGGACAGCACUGUAUUUGAAAGAUUAACGUAAAGAUGCAAAGGUGUGGAAUUUUGUGCAUAAUGAUCAAAGUCACUACACAAAUUGAAAAACAUGGGGUUUAUGCAUAAUUUAGUCUUCAUUUUAUUACACUACUUACCAUAUGCUGUUUUGAGACUAUUCACUGCAGCUCAGUCUGAAGAUUAGGCAGAAUUUUUUCUGUUACCAUUUUGUGAAUGCAAAACUUAUCAAUUGGAGUGUCUUCCUUUUCUUUUAAACCAUUUUUUCCCCAAACCCGCAUAUGUUUCAUUUUCUAGUAUAGCACAAUGUAUAAGGCAAAAGAGUAAAAUGCAGAGUUGAACCCUAGAGGAUUUGUGUUUGACCUGGCAAAAAUCCCUGUAAUGGUAAAAGCUUAUUAUUACACAGGAGAUGAACCAUCUGCAAAUGAGAGAAGAGUGUACUUGUUUUGUUUACUCAUUCUGCUAGGAAGAACAUGGAGUUUCCUUCCUCCACAUGAAAAGGUGUGGCCUUCUGCUGAGUGUCUCCCAACAGGUACUCUUGCUUCUGCAGCACGUUUCUCCUCUUCCACUCCAUGAUAGCUGAUAAGCAAAUCUGAAUGUUUGGAAUGUGGCAUCACUGUAAAAGUAUCAUUUUACCCCUUCCCAUAGAGAGAGGAAGGCAGAUUCCUCUUGAAUCUGGUGAUCAAGGAUUCCAGCUUUAUCAGUAAUUUGCACAAACAGAAUAGUGUUUUGCAAUGUUUCUUGUACUUGAUCUUAUUAUUGUGUAUGUUCCUAAUAAUACCAGCAUUCCAUAUUGUUCUGGGAUUUGGAAAAGUAGAGGGAGGAGAGGGAGAAAAGAGGCUAUUUGGAUUUUUUUGUUUUGUUGUGGUUUUUUAAUCACUUUUCUAGUUCUUCUAGGUUUUGUCUUUCUUACCUAACUUCACCUAACUAAAGAUGCUGUUGUGUUAAACUUUGAGGCACUUUAUAGUGCCUUUAUACAGGAAUCAUUUCAACUGACUGAAACUCAGCAUUACUCUGAAGUAAUGAAAAAUGUUGUGAAAGGUUCCUAUGACACCAAACUUGACUUCAAUAGUUAAAGACUUAAGAACUUUCAUUGAUUUUCUCUGUAAUAAGAGAUUUUGUAAUGAACUUCUGUUUUGUGUGAACAUAGAUUAGUGACAGCUGUAAUAUGAAACAAAUCUGAACAUAAUCUCCCUUAGCUUUUAUGAACAAUGGAGUCCCAAGGUCUUUUGAAGGGUGGAGUUUUUUUACUAAUUCACAACAGCAAAACCGAUGAUUUCUGUCAGAUUUGAGAGAAGCUGAGGACUUACGAAACUUACUAGUUUUCUCGAAGAACUCAGACCCUAAAGCAGCAAAACUUACAUCAUUAUUUGAUUCUCCUGAUGGAUUCAUUAAGAGCAAGGCAGGGAAAGAGGAGGAAAACAGAUAACAAUUCUACAGGGUCUACUGACAUCAAAAAGAUGUGCAGAAACUUAAUAGGUGAACAUUGUCCUCAGUAAUCACAAAUUCCUUAUCUGUGAAAAGGAUACAGAGAAUGAUACUCUUCAUAGUUGGGAAGCCACUCUUGUCUGGUCUCUGUUAACAACAGACUAAAAGGAUCUUUGAGCACCCUUGGGUUAAAUAAAUUACACAUUUUGGAGCCUUCUCACAAAAAGCUACUUCUUCCUGUCACUUUUAAGCUUGUCUGCUUCUCAUUUUCUGGGUGGGAGCUCUCAGAGACAGCCUUUCAGUGUGCCUUUUGCUUCCCCAAGGACAGUGCUGGUACAAAAAGUAGCUGUCUCACCUCCCUCUGGGCCUGCAGAAGGGCUACCUCUGACUUAUGCCCUCUGAAGAGAGACCAUCAAGGGCUGGCUGUUUAUCAUCUCUUCGGAAGAACAGUAGCAAGAGAGCAGGAGGUACCUAGAAGUUCAGCAAAACAGGAGUCACUGCAUGUAAAAUAAAAAUAUGGUUUCUGUAGUAAAGCAUUCUCUGUGGGCUUUAGAAAGGGGAUAACACUGGGGUACCCAGUAUAGACAAGUGGUCAGUAUUUAGACAUUUUUUCCUAUAUAUUGGAAGACAUUUUUAAUAAAAGACAUUUUUAAUAAUUAUGGAGACUAUUCCAAAGGCCAAGCAAGCCAAAUCAGCACUAAGAACCUGAUGAUGGUGUAAAUUUAAAUAAAAAGUUAUCAAAGUUGAUUUUUUCAUGUGUUUUAUGCUAAAUAGACAGCGAUUUCCAAGGUUUAGCUGAAUAUGUUAGAGCUCUCAAAGUAGUUUCUGUUCCAUAUUUUAAUAAGUUUAAAGACAGAUGUAACUAAUAUAAUUAAAAGUUAUAAUAAUUUUCUCCCAGGAAAAAAUAUAUAUUACUUGUCCAGUCUAAUACAUGUGUGUCUGUGUAUGUGCACGUGUGCAUAUAUAUACAUAUACAUAUAUAUAUAUGUGUGUGUAUAUGUUUGGGGAUAUGGAUGUGGAAUUGUCACAACAUGCACAUGUACACUCCCUUCUCUUUCCUAUAAAAUACAUUUUUUAAAAAAUUUUGGUAAUUUUAAAGGGGAAUGCAUCUUUCAAAGAAAUAAGUGGUUGAUUCCUUUUCUUCCUCCAUGCAUCAGCUCUGUUUGGUGUGUUAAUUUUUUUAAUGAUGUCGUGUUUGUCUCAGACUUUUUUUAGUUCUGUUUGUUAUUAAAUAAUUGUUGAAGUGUAAGAGAAGAGAGACUGAUAGUAACUGUUGUAGUCAUUAAAAGAAAAGGAAAGUUUACUUUCCAAACCAAUCAUAAUGGAUGAAGCAAUGAA